UGAGAGCCGCCCCUGUUAUCCAUCAGCCCUUUCUUGAAUUCCACCCCUAGGAGUGUUCAUAUGGUCAACAUUGCCGAGCGCAUGACUAUUUGUCGUCUUCCGCAAUCAACGUCAUUUGCCAUUCCAAGAGAUAACCCCCGUAACGCAGAAGUGGCUUUCUGACUUGCCUUACCUUGUCUCUACAAUCUAAGCGACACUGUUGGGAUCAUCGACUUAGGAGAGCUGUGGCAUCUUCGCGAUGGAGAACGAUAUUUCUGAGCUAGUUGAGAGGUUAGGGAGCGACGAAGAUGCGGUACGAAAAAUGGCAGUCUUCAAACUUCAAAGUAGCAUUGGUGACCCAUCGUUUGCCGAUAUCUUUAUUGCAGAAGGAGGCCUAACUCGACUGCGCUAUUUGAGCUUACAUGCCAGUGGAAACACACUGGCCUAUAGCCUUACAAGCCUUGCCAGACUAUUAGAGGUGGACAAAGGAUGGGAGUUCGUCGAUCAGGAAGUGGUUGAAAGAAUUGUCGAACUUAUAGUAACGCAUCCUUUGGUCAACAUUUUACGUGGUGCAAUGUCUAUCCUGGUUUCCAUUGUAUCGCACCCUCAUACAGGUGGUCGCUUGUCGCAGAAUGGGACUUUUGGUUUUCGUGCUUUGAAACCCGCGAUCGCUAUCUAUCCGCAGUUUUUGGAAAUGCUUGUUAGCAGGCUCUCAUCGGCUGAUCAUGCGCUUUGCGCCAAUGCGCUUCAACUUAUAAAUUCUCUUAUGCGCGACUCAAUCACGAACGAUUCCGAAUUAGAAUGGCCCAAGUUCAUCCAAAAACUACAGGAUCUGGGUGUGAUUCGAGCAGUUUAUGCCCUGAUGCAAAGUAGCGCAUUACAGGAUCAUGCGCAUCCUUUGAUUGAAUUCCAAUCCUUAACCAAGGUUCUUCUAAGGAAAUGGAGAGACAUCGCACUAGAUUUGGAAAAGCCAGAACAUAGACGAGCACUUAAAGGUAUACACUUGGCCAGUAACAGUGAACGGGAACUAGAGAAGGGGGGCGAGAGUGGCAAUGAGGCGCGACGUUCAAAAAGGCACAAUCCAGAAAAAUGGCGCCGACUGGGGUUCGAGUCGGAGAGCCCUAUCGUGCAAUUUGAAGCCAUGGGUUUCCUGGGAAUGAUGGAUCUGGCAGAUUAUAUCAGAAACUACCAAGAUGAAUUCCAGAAAUUGCUUUUAGAGCAGUCAACGAAGCCGGCGCAGAAGCGGUGUCCCAUAGCGCGUGCUUCUUUGUCUGUCACACAGAUCCUCUACGAGCAUUUUGAAGUUGAUAAGUCGGAGAUGGAGGAUGCGAAAAGCUACCUGAUAUUAGAGUCUCGCGCUAACCUUGACAAAAUAUUUAAACCCUUGCUGUUACAUUGGACCCGUUUACAUGUCGCAGGUCUACAUGCCUUUUUCCGACUAUGGAAGGUCACUGGCGCGGAAGUGGAAGAUUACGAGAAAAUCGUGGAACUUGUUCGUAUCCUUGUCGAAUCAGUUGUUGGGGGAGCACCACGAACAAGAGAUGUACAAGAUGUGGAGGACGACCUGGCAGAAUUCGAAUAUUCUCGGCUUCGCGAACUACAGAUGGAACUCCUGGAGCUUACAUACGAGGAUGUUUGGGGGCAGCAUUUGCGACAAGUACGCGAAGAGCUACACCAUGAAGCCUUGCAGUUUGUCAAGGAACAGAGAAUUAGAUGUCUGCUACAAGGUGCUUGGUUUCCUAAUGACGGCAGUCCCACGGCGGACAUGGUGGCUUCGGGGGAUCCCAGCUGGAAAUUUGUUCAGCUCUCACAUAACCGAAGGAUUUUACAUUUUGGACAUUUCAACAGCGUAAAAACGAAGUGCCCAGAGCUUGAUGCACUUCCAGAGAAGCUCGAUCUCUCAAUUGUAUCUUCGGUAGUUUCGAAUGUUUCAGCAACCUCCGAUGACUCCUCGUCGUCGACGGUCAAGAGCGUGUCGCAUCAUGUCUCUGCUACUAAGAUCACUAUUCAUGGCCAUCCUCAGUCUGGCUCGUCCACAGAUGACUCAAGAAAGAUCGAAGGUCAUGCACGCUCUGCCAGUAAAGCAACUCACAGGGAAGCAGUUCUAUUGACUCUGCGGCCACAAUCACCAAGCAUCGCAUCUGAGUGGCUUGACGGGUUACUUAUGCUUCUAAACCAACAGCCUAUCACAGCAGAGACAAGCAAAUUGGUAAAUUUGGUCAGCGACUAUGGACUUAAGAUCCGUUUAUUGAAUGUUAGGUUCGAUGAUGGAGUAUUCGCGGGUGAACCUCCAAAUAUUCCCUCACGGGAAGACCUAGAUAAUGAUUAUUAUUAUGAUGUUUUUGGGGGGGCUUAGGGUGCUUGUCAUGUUUUCUUGUCAUUUAUUACCAAUGAAACUAUAGUAGCGAGUCACGUCAAAAACAGUUGAACGCUUGUCCAUGUGUUGUCAUCAACUAGCUACUUAGCCUGACUUUGAUAUUGAUCAAUAUAUAUGUACAUGCACUUCUUGGCCUCUUGAGACGAAGUACGGUACCGUACAUAAC